AUGUUAGUCCCACCCAGACGCGAACAAGACUGGACGUUCUCUACCGAAACCGGCCACCUCCAGCUCCUCCUCUCCUUUCCCUAUCUUUCCCGCCUGAUUUUAAUCUCCAACAAUGAUAUUAAUAAUCCCUCCCACCCCACCUCCUAUAAUGCUCCACCCUUGUCCACAACCACCGAAAACCCAUCAACAACAACAACAAUUGAAGAAAAUCUAUUGCCACUGCUACUGGCUUUGACACCCAAAUCGGCCUUUGACCGGAGCAAUGGCUUUCCAGAAAUACCCUUCUUGAGUUACGAAGAUGAGGUGAUAAGUAGUCUAGUGUUAGAAAUUUGUGUUGGGCCUUGUGUAGCUGAAAUGCUAAUAGAAAAUGUUGUGCUGGAAUCGGAAAGUAACAAAAAUAACAAGGGUAGGGAGUUUAGAAGAAGGUUGAGGUUUAAGAGGAUGCCGAAUUUAAUUCAAAGCCAGGUCAGGAUUCAUCCGAUCAGUGAACUGGGUGUCGUGGGUGAUGAAUUGGAGGGGGUAGAGUUUACGGUGGAUAAUGGAGUAUUGGUCCAACCUUAUCUGAAUCCAAUGGUGGCAGGUCUGGUGGUGAUUAGUUCGUAUUUGGAUGAGCAAAUCCGAUGCGGGAUUAGGCCUAGAGCUCUGUGUUUGGGGGUUGGAGGAGGGGCCUUGCUCAGAUUUUUGAGUGAUCAAUUAGGUUUUGACGUUGUGGGUGUGGAGGAAGAUGAGGUUGUCUUAAGCGUCGCGAAGAAGUAUUUUGGGUUGAGACAUAGUGAAUCGGUUCAUUUAUGCGUUGGUGAUGGAAUGGAAUUGAUGCAGAGGCUUGCAUUAAAAGGACAAGGUGAUGUUGAUAGUAAGUUUGAUGUGGUUAUGGUUGAUUUGGAUUCAAGUGAUGCUAGAAUGGGCACUAGCGCACCGCCUUUGGAUUUUGUCAGAAAGUCUGUUCUUUUGGUCGCUAAAGAAAUCAUCUGUCAGCGUGGUGUUCUCAUUAUUAAUGUGAUUCCUGCCAGCAAGUCAUUCUAUGAGAGGGUGGUUACUAAGUUUCAUGAGGUUUUUGAGGAGUUACAUGAAAUUGACGUUGGAAAUGGGGAGAAUAUGGUUCUUGCUGCCUCGCGGUUGUCGAAAAUUAGGACAGCUCCUAUUGAUUUUGAGAACUCUUUCCACCAGAAGCUAGAAGCGAGUAUCCAGGGAUCUUAUAUGAAUUCUAGUGCAGUGAAGGCGCUUUCAGCUUCCAAAACUUUGCUUUAUGGUAAUAGAAUGUUCUCCUUGGGUUUUAUAUUUUUCUUAAAGGGUGCAUUAUCUGGCAUUUCAAGAGCAAACUGCUAUGGUACUUUCGGAAGGAGAGGGCAUGGGGAAGAUAAUGCAUCACUGACCUUGGGAGAAUGA